UUGAAAAAAAAAAUACACACGGGCAAAAUGGCAACUGUACUACCUUCACGGCAGUGCGACAGUGGCCCUGCAACGCCAGGGACGCCGUCUGUAAAGGAUGACCGUUUCAUUGAUGAGGCGUCCAACGAUGGAAGCCAAGCCCCCAAGAGACGCCGGAUGGGUUCUGGAGAUAGCUCCAGAAGCUGUGACACGUCUAGUCAGGAAAUUUCAGGACUGGCUUAUUUCCCUGCCGAGAACCUGACUGAAUACAAAUGGCCGCCAGACGACACAGGAGAGUAUUACAUGCUCCAAGAGCAAGUUAGCGAAUAUCUGGGAGUGACGUCAUUUAAGCGGAAAUAUCCAGAUUUAGAAAGGAGAGACCUUUCCCACAAGGAGAAGUUGUAUUUGAGAGAACAAAAUGUCAUUACAGAAACGCAGUGUACCUUGGGACUCACAGCUUUGCGAAGUGAUGAAGUCAUGGAGCUGAUGAUGAGGGAGUAUCCAGCCAAGCAUGCAGAGUAUUCAGUCAUCCUACAGGAGAAGGAGCGCCAGAGGAUAGCCAAAGAAUACUCAGUCAGCACCCAAAGUUCGCAGCAGCAGCAGACGCCGCAAAAGCUGGAGGCAAGCAAAGUGGCCGAGUCCAUCAAGAAGGCCGCCAAGAAAGCUGCGGAGUUCAACAGUAACUUCAAUCGAGAGCGGAUGGAGGAGAGACGAGCAUACUUUGACCUACAGACCCACAUCAUUCAAGUUCCCCAGGGCAAAUAUAAAGUGUUGCCACCGGAGCAGACUAAAUCAGGACCCUAUCCAGUGGCCCUCAUCCCUGGACAGUUUCAGGAUUACUUCAAAAGGUACUCGCCCAACGAGCUGCGCUAUCUCCCGUUGAACACCGCACUGUAUGAGCCUCCUCUUGACCCAGACCUACCCGCGCUCGACAGCGAUGGGGACUCUGAUGACGCUGACGCAGAGAAGGGAGAAGAGGGCAAGAAAAACAAAGGCUCAUCAGACAGCUCAUCUGGUAACACGUCUGACGGAGACAGCCAAGAUGGCCGAGUGGCCACCAAAGGCAAAGCCAAGGAGAGGACAGCCACCAGUACCCCACGCUCACACCAACACAAAUCUACCCCUGGUUACAAGCGUAAGGUCACUCCCAAUGAUUUUUGUGGCAUAUGCCAGAAGGGUAAGGAGGCCAACAAGAAAGGCAAGCCGGAGCCUCUCAUUAACUGCUCCCAGUGCCAGAACAGCGGUCAUCCGUCGUGUCUGGACAUGAGCUCUGAGCUGGUGGCGAUGAUCAAGACGUACGAGUGGCAGUGCAUGGAGUGCAAGACGUGCACCGUGUGCCAGCAGCCCCACCACGAGGAGGAGAUGAUGUUCUGUGACAAGUGCGACCGCGGGUUCCACACCUUCUGCGUGGGAAUGGAGUCUAUCCCUCAGGGUUGCUGGGUCUGUGACAUCUGCAAUAAGGAAUUCUCCACUCCAAAGAAAAAAGGGGCCAAAACGCCAAAAAAGGGGAAAUCAACUCCCAAAUGAGCUUAAUUUUGUUAGCUGAAUUUUGAAUAAGCUUUUUUAAAUGUUUCAGGUAAUGUUUUGAUGAAAUGAAUUUCUUAGCAAAGGUGCAUCAAUUGUAAAUACUGACUUGAAUUGUUAUACAUUUACAAUGUUCCCCAAUCUAAAAAAAAUAGAAUGUUUGGUGAGCAGCAAUUUUCAUACAAUAAAGAUUUUGAUAAGAAAA